AUGGGUGGACCAGGAGCAGUAAACACAGGCGGCGACGCUGGAUACGCUCACCUUAUCGACCCAAGAAGGAAGUGGUACAACAACAAGCGCCUCAUUGCGCUUAAUGGUUGGAUCUUCCUCCUCCUCAUUACCUCGUCAACCAACGGCUAUGACGGGAGUAUGAUGAACGGUCUUCAGUCCCUCCCCCAAUGGAGGGAUUACUUCAACAACCCUUCUGGUGGCAUGCUUGGUCUCCUGAAUGCCAUCCAAAACAUCGGCUGUUUGGCAGCUUACCCAUUCUCCCCCUACAUCUCUGAUGGUCUCGGUCGCAAGUCUGCCAUCUUCCUGGGGGCGUGCAUCAUGUGUAUCGCCACUGUGAUCCAGACUGCUUCUCAAUCUGUCGGCAUGUUCAUUGGGGCUCGUUUCCUUAUUGGUUUCGGUCUUACCUUCGCUGCCGGCGCUGCUCCCAUGUUGGUCACGGAAAUUUCUUAUCCCGUAUAUCGUGGCCCGUUGACUUCAACUUAUAACUCUCUUUGGUAUUCUGGAGCUAUUGUUGCUGCCUGGACCACUUUUGGCACUUUCAAAAUCGGCAACACCUGGUCUUGGCGUAUCCCCUCCGCCCUUCAGGGCCUCCCGUCGAUCGCUCAAGUUUUGUUGAUCUGGUUCUGCCCCGAAUCCCCACGUUGGUUGGCCAGCAAGGGCAAGGAAGACCAAGCUCUCAAAGUCCUUGCUUACUAUCACGCUGACGGGAAUGUUAACGACCCUCUUGUGCAAUAUGAAUUCCAAGAAAUCAAGAACGCUCUUGAAUUCGAUCGUACCGUCGCUUCCAAUGUUGGAUGGAAAGCCCUCGUCGCCACUCCCGGUAACCGAAAGCGCAUGCGCAUUAUUAUCGCUCUUGCUUUCUUCUCUCAAUGGUCAGGCAACGGUCUUGUCUCGUACUACCUUAACAAGGUGUUCGAUUCCAUCGGCAUUACAGACCCCACCAUCCAGCUCCUUAUUAACGGUAUCCUCCAAAUCUGGAACUUGGGAUGGGCCCUCCUUGCCUCUGCAUUCGUCGAUCGCAUCGGGCGCCGAAUCCUCUUCAUGACCUCAGCCAUCGGCAUGCUCAUCUUCUUCGUCCUGCAAACCGUCUGUUCUGCACAGUUCGCAUUGAAAGGAUCCGACGCUGCUGCGCACGCUGUCAUCGCCUUUAUCUUCUUGUUCUAUAUGUCUUACGACUUUGCCUUCACUCCUCUCAUCGUCUCCUACACUGUCGAGAUUUUGCCCUACCCUCUCCGUGCGAAGGGCUUCACGAUUUUCAACUUCUCCAUCUCCCUUUCUCUCAUCUUCAACCAGUACGUCAACCCGGUCGCCCUCGAUGCCAUCGCCUGGAAAUACUACAUCGUCUACUGCUGUUGGCUCGCAUUUGAGACCGUGUUCCUCUACUUCUUCAUCAUUGAGACGAAGAACAGAUCGCUUGAGGAGACCGCCGCCCUGUUCGAUGGAGAGGAGGCCGCUCAGAACAUCCACGCCAACCCCGUUGAUGUUCGCUACGACGAAAAGGAUGAGAAGUCCGCAGGGUCGUCUCACGAGCACAUCCAGAGCCUCCCCAAGGUUUAA